CGAACCUGCGCAGUCCGAACGAAAACUCGUCGUUCGGCACUACGGUUCUCUUGCGAAAUAAAAUAUACAAUGUAACUAUAUAAUUUUAUGAAACCGACAUUUAAGUUUGGUUAUAUGUUUACUUCGAAAGUAUCCACUCUAAAGAAUAAAUAUCUAUGAUAGAAUCUUUUAGUAGAUUCAGUUUCUUGUUUUAUGGAGAGUGAAUGUGUCAAAGACUGUGACGAUGUGUAGUUAGCAUUAAGCUAAAAGUAAUUACUGUUGCGAAUUAUAUGUACGAAUAUCGAUGAAGCGUUAUGAAUUAUUAAUAACCAGCUGGUCAUAGUUGGAAUUACGACAUGGCAUCUCGCAGAUGGUUUCAUCCGAACAUAUCGGGUUUAGAAGCAGAACGUUUAUUAAUGGAACGAGGUUAUGAUAGCUCAUUUUUGGCACGUCCAAGUUCAUCUAAUCCUGGUGAUUUUACCUUAUCUGUAAGGCGAAAUGGUGAAGUAACUCACAUUAAAAUACAAAAUACAGGAGAUUUCUAUGAUCUUUAUGGUGGUGAAAAGUUUGCAACCUUGUCAGAACUUGUACAAUUUUAUAUGGAAAAUGGGGGACAAUUGCGUGAAAAAAAUGGAGAAGUUAUUGAAUUAAAAUAUCCCUUAAAUUGUGCAGAUCCAACAACUGAAAGGUGGUUCCAUGGCCAUUUAUCAGCUAAAGAAGCAGAACGUUUAAUGCUGGAGCGAGGUAAAAAUGGAUCUUUUCUGGUUCGUGAAUCCCAGAGUAAACCUGGUGACUUUGUAUUAUCUGUACGCACAGAUGAUCGUGUUACACAUGUUAUAAUACGAUCUCAGGAUAAUAAAUAUGAUGUUGGUGGAGGUGAUAAGUUUGAUAGUCUAAGUGAUCUGAUAGAGCAUUAUAAACGUAAUCCAAUGGUUGAAACAAGUGGAAGUGUUGUUCAUUUACGACAACCUUUCAAUGCUACUCGUAUAAAUGCAAGUGGUAUUGAAAGCAGAGUGAGACAAUUACAUAAGGAAAAUGGUUGUUCAAAUGGAUGGCUGUGGAAUGGAGCUACAGGUAGCAAUGAAGGAGGAGUAGGACGGGGUAAAGGAAAAGCUGGUUUCUGGGAAGAAUUUGAAUCACUACAGCAGUUAGAAUGUCGUCACUUAUUUUCCAGGAAAGAAGGUUUACGUCCUGAGAAUCGAGCAAAAAAUCGAUAUAAAAAUAUUUUACCAUUUGAUCAUACAAGAGUGCGUUUAAAGGAUGUUGAUCCAAAUAUUCCUGGAGCUGAUUAUAUCAAUGCCAAUUAUAUUAGAAAUGAAGAAGGAGAUAAUCAAACUAGUGGCAUUAAUGCUGGUGGAGAUAAUGGCUUGUUUAACAAAUGUUAUAUAGCAACACAAGGUUGUCUUCCAAACACGAUACAAGAUUUUUGGCAUAUGGUAUAUCAAGAAAAUACUCGAGUAAUAGUUAUGACCACCAAAGAGAUGGAGCGAGGAAAAAAUAAAUGUGCCCGAUAUUGGCCAGAGGAAGGCGAAAUUACAGAAUACGGAGGCGAAUGGAAGGUCCGUGCUUUGUCUCGUACUUCAACGGCAGACUAUACCUUACGAGAAUUUUUAUUACACGGAAAUAAGCCCUGUUUUACAGAGUCCAGGAGAAUUUUCCAUUAUCAUUUUCAAGCAUGGCCCGAUCAUGGUGUUCCAUCGGACCCUGGGUGCGUAUUAAAUUUCUUACAUGAUGUUAAUGCAAGGCAAGAAUCAAUUGCAGCUUCCCUUGCUUCAAAUGGUCAAAAUGUACCAAGUAUAGGACCAAUUCUUGUGCACUGUAGUGCUGGAAUUGGUAGAACAGGAACAUUCAUUGUUAUUGAUAUGAUCCUUGAUCAAAUCAAGCGUCAUGGACUAGAUUGUGAAAUUGAUAUUCAAAGAACUAUACAAAGAGUACGUUCACAAAGGUCAGGAAUGGUUCAGACAGAAGCACAAUAUAAAUUCGUUUAUCUUGCUGUAUUACACUAUAUUGAAACUGUGUCUCAACGAAUGCAGGCAGAGCAGAAGUCUCUUCAUUUAGGUCGAGAAUACACUAACAUUCGUUAUAAAAGCGAAGCAAAUGUUACAACUAUGGGAGAUAUACCAGUCCCUACAUGUACCGCAACAACUCUUUCAGCGUCAACACAUUUUACAUUACCUACUCCUGCUAACAAUUUGAGGCCAAAGUAAUUAUCAUUAGCACCAAAUAUCACCAAACAACAUUUCUAAAAAGCAAAGAAGAGGCUUCGUUACUCUCAUCAGAUAUGACUUUGAACUUUGAUAUUAUUUUCAGUAACAAAUUUUGUUGAUUUACAAACACAUUGAUUAUUUCAAAUAUUCUUUUGAAAUAUUGUCUUGUUGUAAUUAAUUUACAUGCUCGUGUUUGAAUCUAUGAAUACACUUUUUUAUUGCAUACGCAUGCGACAUAAAAAAUAUAAAAAGAUUAAAGUUCCAAUAUUUUGCCCUUAAGUUGCUAAAGUAAUCAGUGGUACUCUACAGUUAAAUAUUGUAUUAUAAAAAAGAUAUUUUUUAACAAUUUAAGCUCAACGCUAAAUGACAGGAAACAUUGGAAUUAAAAAUUUCAGUAAUAAUUAUAUUAAGUAUAAUACAGGUAUAUAAUUGCUUUUAUACUAUUAUUUUGCUACCUAUAUUACAUCAAAUAUUAAUUAAAUAACAAAUUUAUACUGUUAUUAUCUUUUAUGCUUAUUUAAAAAAUGUCAUCGUGAAUCUUGUUUGCAGUUUAAACGUUUUACGAAACGUAACGAAUUUCUGAGAAUUUUCCUAAGCUUCGAGUGUAAUAUUAGAUAUUACACACCUCGGAAUAUAUUGAUAUUUGUUUUUAUUGUGAUUAUAUAAUUGUACAAAUUUUUUUAGUUGUAUUUUAGGACUGACUUUUAUACAGAACUUUCUUUUUAAUAUUCUUUUCAAAGAUUGUGAAUAAAAAACAUUUAUUAUUUGUAAAUUUUAUCAUGUUAAAAGGCAGAACACGCAAAGAUGUGAUACAUUCAUUUUCACAUAUAAUAAGUUGUGUAUGGACCAUUAUUUUAUCGCAAUUAAUAUUUGUUAUUUUUAACGACUUGUACUUAAUUAUGUUAUAAAUAUUUAAUGUUACAUUUUUUUUGUAAUUUGC